AUGUCUGGCUUUAGCCAAAACUCUAUAAACGAUGCAAAAAGAGGUCAUAAAACCGGUUUAAUCAAGAAGAUGAUACUGGACGGAAUUCCUGAAUAUGGACGUGCCGAAGUGUGGAAGUCUUUGGCAAAAACCAGAGCAUAUAGAGGUAAGCAUUUCGUCAAUCCACCAAAUUUCGCAGAAAAUUUGCCAAAGGAAAUAUAUAGACACCUGCUGAGUUUCGGUAACCCAGAGACUGACAAGGAAAUUCUAAAGGACAUUGAGAGAACUUUCCCAAACUGCCAAGUCUUCAAAAAAUCCCAGCACGUCAGGAAGUCCCUGUUCAACAUUCUACACGCAUAUUCUCUAUUUAACCCGGAUAUAGGAUACUGUCAGGGAAUGAGCUUUAUAGCGGGGAUAUUGCUUCUCUACAUGAAUGAAGAGGAUGCAUUUUUUACCAUGAUUAGUAUUUUGGAGAAAAAUAACCUGAAGAAAUUCUUUUCACCUGGAAUGGAAAUGGUGGAUAGGUUUUGCUACAGACUGGAAAAACUCAUAAAAAUUAAAUUACCAAGGCUCUAUAAGCAUUUCAAGUUGAAUAACAUAACAGUGGAUUUGUUUGGGGUUCGCUGGCUACUCACUAUUUUCAGUUAUGACCUUACUCCGGAGGCUGUUGCGCCAAUCUGGGAUAUUUUCCUUUUGCUGGAUAAAAAUCCAGUACUUUCAAUUGCCAUUGGAAUAUUAGAAAUGAUAGAGACGCACUUGCUUUCUCUGAACCAAGACAAAAUUCUAAUCACACUGCAAAAUCUUACACCACAUUUAAACACUCAGAACCUAGCUAAAAUGCUAAUUGAAUAA